GUGUCAGUAACUGAUAACUCAAAUGACUCAAAUAUAAACUAUUUUAAUAAUAUUCAUUUUACAUUAUAAUUUCUUCGAUAUGUUGCAUUUGAUCAAAUUGUGCAUAGUAAUUUACUAUAUUAGUAAUAUUGCUUUAUGUACUACGGAAGAGGAUCAUGGCGUUAAAUAUGCAGAUAGAUGUGAAGUCUGCAAAAUUAUGUCGAUUGAGCUAGAGAACAGAUUAGAUGAAACAGGAAAAAGUCACGAUGUUAUCGAACUUGGAUAUUCAGUAGAUGAUGUAAAACCAAAGAAAAAAACCAAAUAUGAAAAGUCUGAGCUAAGAUUAUUGGAGUCAUUAGAAGGAGUUUGCGAACGAAUUCUGGAAUAUAAUAUACAUAAAGAAAGGAAAGAUAGCACCAGAUUUGCGAAGGGUAUGAGUGAAACAUUCCAAACACUACAUGGUUUAGUUGAUAAAGGUGUUAAAGUAGAUCUAGGCAUUCCCUAUGAUCUUUGGGAUAAACCAUCUGUAGAAGUUACGAAUAUGAAAACUCAGUGUGAAACGAUGCUUGAAAACUAUGAGUCAGAUAUUGAAGAAUGGUAUUUUAAACACCAGGGUUCUAUACCUUUGAAACAUUAUUUAUGUAAAGACAGAAUUUUACAUGGCUCAGACACAAAAUGUUUGGAGGAGACCUUAAAACCGAAGGGAGAUAGAAACGAACUUUAAUAUGAACAAUAUAAAGAUCAAUUAUGUUACAGUAUCUGCUUCAAUGUCAAGCUUAAUUUCUUAUUUAGUAAUAUUAAGACUUGUGAUAUGCAUUUGUGAAAGUGGUAAUAUUAAUAUUCAAUAAGAUUUUUGUAAUCGUACAUUGUAUAACAAUUUUGUGCCAAUAUAUAAGAUAU